AGCAUCACGCGGCUAUAAAAGUGAUACUCAAUUAUUGUGGCCUCGCCAGAAGUAAACGGUAGUGAAAUCAAACUUGUGUAUUAUAAUGAAGAAAUUUGCGUUAGUUAUAGCCACCUUGUGCGUUUUGGGGGUGCAGGCUGCACCAGAUCGAUCUCCACGUAUCAUCAAUGGCCAAGUUUCUACAAAUCAACCAUAUAACGCGUAUGUUCUAUACCUGAAUCAAAACAACGCGGGAUUCUAUGGAGGUGGCUCGCUUAUUUCCCCUCUGCAUGUACUGACAGCUGCUCAGGUUAUUGUUGGAUUUGUUCGAUGGGACAUUGGACUAGGAAGCAACGUCUUCGCCCAACUUAGAGGCAUCAGCUCAAACUUGGCUACAGCCCAUCCGCUGUAUAAUUCCGCUAACAAGGCAAACGACAUCGGUAUUAUAACGCUGCCUUGGUCUCUCACGUUUACUUCAACUAUAGCACCGGUUGCCCUUCCGGCCCUAAACAGUCAGCAAAUAAACCUGCUGCCUCUCGAUAACGAACAGGGCACGGUUGUGGGCUACGGAUUCACAACCAGUACGUCAACGACUCGAUCGGAUUAUCUGAUGCGAUCCUUCCAGCGGGUAACUCUCAACAAUCGUUGCCAACAGUUCUACCAGAUCACGCUACCGCAGCAUUUCUGUGCCGAGAACACCAUUGACUAUUCCAACAUCUGCAAUGGCGAUAUGGGUGCAGGAUUUGUUACGGAUGUGCGUGGAGUUCCCACCGUUACCGGAGUUGCGUCGCUGGCCACCCAGAGCUGCGGAAAUGUAACCCCUUCGGGAUAUACCAGGGUCCAGUACUACCGGCAAUGGAUCACAAGUGUGACUGGCAUUCAAUAAGUUAAGUGUAAGAGAUUAUCAGCGAAUAUACGAUUUAUUUACAAACCUUAUAAAAGAUAA